AUGGAAGCUCUAUCUAGCAUGUUGUGCAAAGCUAGGUCGGAAGGUCUUUUUAAAGGUUUACAAACCCCCAAUAAUGGCCCGGUAAUUUCUCACCUUUUUUAUGCUGAUGAUGCUCUUGUGUUGGGGGAGUGGGAUAGGGUUGAUGUUAAGAAUGUGGUGAGAUGUUUGAGAAUUUUUUACAUAUGUUCGGGGUUGAAAAUUAAUCUUCAAAAAUCAAACAUAUACGGGAUGGGUGUUGAUAAUGGGGUUGUGUCUGAUAUGGCUAAAGUGAUUGGGUGUAAAGCGGAUUCUGUUCCGCUUAAUUACUUGGGAAUUACAGUGGGAUCGAAUAUGAAUAAAAUCAAUAAUUGGGCUCCAAUUUUUGAGAUUUUUGAUAAAAGAUUGUCUAUGUGGAAGGCUAAAACUUUAUCGAUAGGGGGAGGCUUACGUUAA